CGGGCGGCGAUGGCGGCGGCGCGGUCCCGCGCAGAUUGCAGUUCCAGAAGAUAGACACCCAGGAGAUUCUACCUUCUGCCAUGGCUCAGUUUGGAGGACAGAAAAAUCCCCCUUGGGCUACUCAGUUUACAGCCACUGCGGUGUCUCAGCCAGCUGCCCUGGGCGUGCAGCAGCCCUCGCUGCUGGGAGCCUCCCCGACCAUCUACACGCAGCAGACGGCGCUGGCAGCCGCGGGGCUGACCACACAGACCCCCACCAACUACCAGCUGACGCAGACCGCCGCGCUCCAGCAGCAGGCGGCAGCCGCGGCCGCGGCCCUGCAGCAGCAAUAUUCACAACCUCAGCAGACUCUCUAUAGUGUACAGCAACAGUUGCAGCAACCUCAGCAGACCCUUUUAACUCAGCCAGCAGUCGCUCUCCCGACCAGCCUCAGCCUGUCCACGCCCCAGCCGGCAGCUCAGAUCACGGUCUCCUACCCGGCUCCCCGCUCCAGCCAGCAGCAAACACAGCCACAAAAGCAGCGUGUCUUCACUGGGGUGGUGACUAAGCUACAUGAUACAUUUGGUUUUGUGGAUGAAGAUGUCUUUUUUCAGCUUAGUGCUGUUAAAGGAAAGACACCUCAGGUGGGUGACAGAGUUUUGGUAGAAGCUACUUACAAUCCUAACAUGCCAUUCAAAUGGAAUGCCCAAAGGAUCCAGACCCUCCCAAACCAGAACCAGAGCCAGGCGCAGCCGCUGCUGAAGACGCCGCCGGCCGUCCUGCAGCCCAUCGCCCAGCAGACCUUCGGGGUCCAGGCACAGCCACAACCACAGUCCCUGCUGCAGGCACAGAUCUCUGCAGCUUCCAUCACACCUCUGCUCCAGACACAGCCUCAGCCACUGCUGCAGCAGCCACAGCAGAAAGGUGGUUUGUUGCAGCCCCCAGUCCGUCUGGUUUCACAGCCACAGCCAGCUCGCAGACUAGACCCACCGUCCAGAUUUUCUGGGAGGAAUGACCGAGGUGGAGACCCCAUGCCAAACCGAAAAGAUGACAGGAGUCGUGAAAGAGAGCGGGAGAGACGUAGGUCCCGGGAAAGAUCCCCCCAGAGGAAACGCUCCCGAGAGAGAUCGCCCAGACGGGAGAGGGAGAGGUCACCACGGAGACCCCGGCGUGUCGUUCCUCGCUACACCGUUCAGUUUUCCAAGUUUUCAUUGGACUGCCGUAGCUGUGAUAUGAUGGAGCUGAGGAGGCGUUACCAGAACUUGUAUAUCCCGAGCGAUUUCUUUGAUGCUCAGUUUACAUGGGUGGAUGCUUUUCCUAUGUCUAGACCAUUUCAGCUGGGAAACUACUGUAAUUUCUAUGUAAUGCAUAGAGAAGUAGAUCCUAUAGAUAAGAACGCUGCUGUCCUUGAUCCACCUGAUGCUGAUCAUCUCUACAGUGCUAAGGUGAUGUUGAUGGCUAGUCCUAGCAUGGAAGAUCUCUACCACAAGUCAUGUGCUCUGGCUGAGGACCCCCAAGAACUUCGUGAUGGAUUUCAGCAUCCUGCUAGACUUGUAAAGUUUUUAGUGGGUAUGAAAGGCAAAGAUGAAGCUAUGGCUAUUGGAGGACACUGGUCCCCAUCACUGGAUGGACCUGAUCCAGAAAAGGACCCUUCGGUGCUGAUAAAGACGGCAAUUCGUUGUUGCAAGGCUCUUACAGGGAUUGACUUAAGUGUAUGCACUCAAUGGUACCGUUUUGCAGAGAUUCGCUACCAUCGCCCUGAGGAGACCCACAAGGGGCGUACAGUUCCAGCUCAUGUGGAGACAGUGGUUUUAUUUUUCCCGGAUGUUUGGCAUUGCCUUCCCACCCGCUCAGAGUGGGAAACCCUCUCCCGAGGAUACAAGCAGCAGCUGGUCGAGAAGCUUCAGGGUGAACGCAAGGAGGCUGAUGGAGAACAGGAUGAAGAGGAGAAGGAUGAUGGGGAAGCUAAAGAGAUCUCUACGCCUACACACUGGUCUAAACUGGAUCCAAAAACAAUGAAGGUAAAUGACCUUCGCAAAGAAUUAGAAAGUCGAACCCUUAGCUCUAAGGGACUGAAAUCUCAGCUGAUAGCUCGACUCACAAAGCAGCUGAAAGUAGAGGAGCAAAAAGAAGAGCAAAAGGAGCUGGAGAAGUCUGAAAAAGAAGAGGAGGAGGAGGAGGAUAGGAAAUCCGAAGAUGAUAAAGAGGAAGAGGAAAGAAAACGCCAAGAGGAGCUGGAACGUCAGCGGCGGGAGCGACGCUACAUCCUGCCGGAUGAGCCGGCCAUCAUCGUGCACCCAAACUGGGCAGCAAAGAGCGGCAAGUUUGACUGCAGCAUUAUGUCUCUGAGUGUUCUUCUGGACUACAGAUUAGAAGAUAAUAAAGAACAUUCCUUUGAGGUAUCAUUGUUUGCAGAACUCUUCAAUGAAAUGCUUCAAAGAGAUUUUGGUGUCAGAAUUUACAAAGCACUGAUUUCUCUCCCAGAGAGAGAGGACAAAAAGGACAAAAAAAGCAAAAAAGAUGAGAGAAAAGAAAAAAAAGAAGAAAAAGAUGAUGAAACAGAUGAUCCAAAACCUAAGAGAAGAAAAUCUGGAGAUGAUAAAGAUAAAAAAGAAGAGAGAGAUGAAAAGAAGAGGGAAGAUAAAAGGAAAGAUGAUUCUAAAGAUGAAGAAGAAACGGAAGAUGACAAUAAUCAAGAGGAGUAUGAUCCAAUGGAGGCAGAAGAUGCUGAGGACGAAGAUGAAGAAUGCAGACCACUCGCAACUCCCAUUGAAGUCAGUAGGAGAUACCGGGAUGAAGAAGAAAUGAACAAACGGGAGGACAGAAGAGAGGGAAAUAAGCAUUGUAAAGAGAGGGCGUCUAAAGAUAAAGAGAAAGACAAGACCCAGAUGGUGACUGUUAACAGGGAUCUCCUGAUGGCUUUUGUUUAUUUUGAUCAAAGUCAUUGUGGAUACCUUCUGGAGAAGGACAUGGAGGAGAUCCUGUACACUCUUGGACUUCACCUGUCACGUGCUCAGGUCAAGAAGCUGCUUAAUAAAGUAGUGCUUCGAGAAUCUUGCUUUUACAGAAGACUAACAGAUACUUCUAAAGAUGAAGAAAAUCAAGAAGAGUCUGACGAGCUACAGGAAGAUAUGUUAGGGAACCGCCUGCUGCUGCCGUCGCCCGCUGUGAAGCAGGAGAGCAAAGCCGUGGAGGAGAACGUCGGGCUCAUUGUCUACAACGGAGCCAUGGUGGACGUGGGCAGCCUUCUGCAGAAGCUGGAGAAGAGUGAAAGGGUGCGGGCAGAGAUAGAGCAAAAGCUGCAGCUGCUGGAAGAAAAAACAGAUGAGGAUGAAAAAACUAUACUGCAACUGGAGAAUUCUAACAAAACGCUAUCUGCGGAGCUAAAAGAAGUAAAAAAGGACCUUGGCCAACUGCAAGAAAAUUUGAAGACCUCAGAUGAUAAAAAAUUGCAAUUUGAGGGUCAGCUGAAUAAGACAAUCAAAAAUUUAGCUACUGUUAUGGAUGAAAUACAGAGUGUUCUCAAACAGGACAUCGUGAAGAACGAAGAUAAAGAUCAGAAAUCCAAAGAAAACGGAGCAAACGUAUGAUAAACUGCUGCUGUUUAGAAGAAUGGUGUUACAUAAUGUAAUAUAAAUCAUGAUACCAGAAUGUAUGGGAAGUGAUGCAUGUUCGAUUUUAGUAGUAUAAAUAUCUUAGGUUCCAAAAGAUGUAUAAAGUUUUAUGAAUGUGAGUGUCUGCUCCAGAAGAUUGCUUGUAAUUCUUAGCAUUCAAUUUGAGACACUCCUCAAGUGAAAAUAAUUUUGCAUUGCGAAAAGUUUUAGGAUGAACUUUGUUAUAGUUUUAACCCUAAUAAAGUUCAUCAACGUAAUGAACAGUAGCAAGUAUUUAAUUACCAAAUGUUUUUCAUUGAAGUCUAGUGAAAUCAAAAUUUUCAUUAUUUAUAGACUUGCCAUUUUUAGGUUUUUGUCUUUAUUUCGGUCUAAUUAGUCUUUUUAAAUUCAAAUAUAAAUCACAAAAUAGCAUGCUGCUUAAUUUUACAAGUAAAGAUUUUUUUUAAAAAAAAGCUUCUUGGAUUUUUUUUGUUUUGGUUUGGUUUUUGUUUUCACUUGUCACAAUUUUUUUUCCCUUCCAUAUAUAACUUUCUUCCCCAAAGCUGCUUGUAUUAAAGCCUUGUAAUAUACAGUAGUUUGGAUGAGUUAAGAAAGCAAUAGAAACCUACCAAAAUACUGGUAGGGUUGUGAGAUUUAUAUGAAAAUACAUGGGCCUGUUUUAAAUGUGUCAUUUGUAUUCAUUAAAUUGUUCUUAUCUUUGGAUUAAUAUAUAUAUACACUCCUUUUUAAUAACAAAUGCAGUAUAUUAAGAGGUACAGUUGGAUACUGGGCCAGUAGAUGUCAGAAUAAUGCCUUACAUGGAGAAAAAGCUGCCCGUGUGAACUGCCUUGGGUUAAAUUUGGACCGACAAAGUGUGUCAUAACUGCUAAGCCUUUAGUCCAACAAAAGAAGUGGCUCCAAACAAAAGAAGUAUCUAUACUGCAUACUGUAAUUACAAAGGAGAGGGACAGUUUGUUGAGAAUGGGUCAGACAGCCUUUCUUUGUGUUCACAAAUCACUAGAGAUCAAAACUCAUGAGUUAAUGUGACUUCCUUGUCAAAGGCAACUUACUCAAAGAAUGUGAAAUAUCAACAGUUGUGUUUUGGUGCAACUUUCAGGAAAAUUAAGGGGUUUGAAAAUUGGGACAACAGUGUUCUCUUAGAGAAAUGGUUAAUUUUAGCAGAUGUUUUCUUUUUUAGCCUAGAUGUCCUAGGUAACUAAAUACCUGUUAGGAAAGUCCAAGUGCCAUAAUAUGUAUGAAUAACCUACAUGGAAACUCAUGUAGCUUUAAUGAGAUACACAUUAAAAUGCCUGAAUUUAUGUUCAAAA